AUGGCGCCGAUAGACGAAAAAUAUCAUAAGGAGCUACAGUGGCUGAGACAAAACGAAGAUGCGACGAAGGAUGAUGUAAGAAACAUCUAUGACAACUGGGCAGCCGAGUAUGACAAGACUAUGCUGCACACAAUUCCCUACACGAACUGGAGACACAUCGCACACGCAUUAGAUGUGGCAGCUUUGAAGGCCUUUCCCUCCAAAAGAAAAGACGAAGUUAAAAUAAUCGAUGUGGCAGCAGGAACUGGUUUUGCCGGUUUGGAGCUCAUUAAACUUGGCUACACCAACAUCGAUGCUCUGGAUAUGUCGCAAGAAAUGCUUAAUCAGGCAAAGAAGAAAAAUGUGUACCGGAGGUUGAUCUGCAGUUAUCUUAGUGACCAGAGGACAUUAGAGAUUGAAACGGGACAAUAUGACGCACUAACGUGUGUCAACGCCAUUGGUAACAAGCAUAUCAUACAAAAUGCUAUGACGGAAAUGUGCCGGAUUGUGUCUAAAGGCAAGCAAUAG